CAACACUGGUCAAUGGCUGCUAGCUGGCAUGGCUGGCAUAAAAUAAUUAACUAGCAUAUAUUCUGUGUUAACUAGAACAUUUUAGGCUGGAACACAGGCUGGAAUAUUUUAUGGCUGGAACUGGAAACACUGCCGUUCUUUAAAAGAAGGCACUUGUGAAGGCACUGCUGGAAAUACCCGGAAUACUGCAAAUACACAUAUUUUCUUAAUUUUUACAAUUACAAAGAGGUUUUAUUAAAUGUUUAGGUAUGCUAUGGGUAUGCUUAACUUAGGUCAAUCCAUAUCUAUAUAAGUGUUUGUAAUAUCGACUGGAACUAGAACAGUAAAUACUAAUAGAUCCUAUAUCACUUAUUUCUUACACUUGUCUGAAUAUAUAUUAAACGAAUUAGGUUUAAUAAGUGAUAACAUCUCUGUAUUUGGUCUUCUCCAAGAUAAAACUCCUUACAAAUUUCAAUUCACCGUGACCGUGAUGGAUUUAUAGCUGAACUGAUCAAGGAACUGAUCUCGGGUUAUUUUUUCUCUUUUAGCUACUGAUGUUUUUCUAUUGGAAAUGAUGGAUAACAUAGACGAAGUAAUAGAUUUAAAACAAUUGAAAGAAGCUGAUAAAAAAGUCUAUAAAUGUGCCAUAAGUGGCUUUCAAACGCUACAUAAGGCAAGUCUUCAAAAACACAAGAAAACUCAUUUGGCACCGGAAGAUCGAAAGUUAUUUGCUUGUAUACACUGUGACAAGAGAUAUAUAUCAAAACAAAGCUUACGUCAUCACCUUGAGGAUAAUCAUAUUGAUAUUGUUUCCAGGUCCAAGGCCGCGCGGAAAAAUCUCCAUAAAUGUUCCAUUUGUGGCUACCAAACAAGAAAAAUAUCAUGCUUUGAACGACACCGGGAAACUCACUUGGCACCAGGAGAACGACAGAUGUUUGCUUGUGUACACUGUGAAAAGAAAUGUUCGGAAAAAAGGAGAUUAACAGACCACAUUAUCGAUAAUCAUAUUUAUCAUAUUGAUUCCAGAUUGAAGGUAGGACAGAAAAUAAUCUAUAGAUGUUCCACAUGUAGCUACCAAACCAAAAACAUGUCCAAUCUUAAAAGACACAAGGAUAUUCACUUGGCACCGGAAGAACGACAGAUAUUUGCCUGUGCGCAGUGCGACAACAAAUAUACAUCAAAUAAGAAUUUACUACGUCACGUCAAGGACAGUCACAUUUAUUACAGAUCGAAAGAAGCUGAGAAAGAAGUCUAUAAAUGUGCCAUAUGUGGCUAUCAAACGCUAGAUAAGCCCAAUUUUUACAGACACGAGAAAAUUCACAUGGCACCGGAAGACCGACAGUUGUUUGCGUGUGUACACUGUGAUAAGGAAUAUACAACAAAACAAAUCUUACAACGUCACCUUGAGGAUAAUCAUAUCGAUUCCAGAUCGCAAGCAGCUGAGAAAAAAGUCUAUAAAUGUACCAUGUGUCACGCUCAAACGCGCAAAGAGUCACAUCUUCGCCAGCACAUGAAAAUUCAUUUGGCACCGGAAGACCGAGAGUUUUUUGUAUGUACACACUGUGAUAAGAAAUAUAUGACAAAGAAAGCCUUAAAAAGUCACCUUGAGAAUAAUCAUACUGAUUCCAGAUCGCAAGCAGCUAAGGAAAUAGUCUUUAAAUGUGCCAUUUGUGACUUCCAAACGAUACGCGAGCUAAAUCUUCACAACCACAAGAAAAUCCACUUGUCACGGGAAGAACGACAGCUGUUUCCUUGUACGCUUUGUGAGAAAAAAUAUUCAACAAAAGGCUACUUACAGUCCCACUUUAUAAACAAGCAUUCUGAUUCCAGACCGAAAGAAGCUGAGCAAAUGGUCUUUAGAUGUGCCAUAUGUGGCUUUCGAACGCUACGUAGUACAAGUCUUCGCAGUCACAAGAAAAUUCACAUGGCACCGGAAGAACGACAGUUGUUUGCAUGUACGCACUGUGAUAAGACAUAUAAAUCAGGCCAUUUCUUACGACGUCACUUUGAGGAGAAUCAUGUUGAUGGCAGAUCGCAAGUAGUUGAGAAAAAAGUCUAUAAAUGUGCCAUAUGUUUCUUUGAAACGCUACAUAAGGCAAGUCUUCGCGACCACAAGAACACCCAUUUGGCACCGGAAGAGCGACAGUUGUUUGCAUGUGCACACUGUGAUAAGAAAUAUACAUCAAAACAAAACUUACGUCAUCACAUUGAGGAGAAUCAUAUUCAUUCCAGAUCGGAAGAAGCUGAGGAAAAAGUCUUUCAUUGUACCACAUGUGGCUUUCAAACGCAAUAUAAAUCAAAUUUUCUCAGUCACAAGAAAAUUCAUUUGCCACUGAAAGACCGACAGUUGUUUGCAUGUACACACUGUAAUAAGAGAUAUACAACAAAACGAGGCUUACAACGUCACCUUGAGGAUAAUCACACACAUAUUGAUUCCAGAAAUGCCGAUUGUACAUCUUCAACUGAUGAAGUGAUAUUAGAUGCUUUAAAAAUUGAAAUUGAUGAUAUCGCUUUGCCUUUGGAUGACUCUAAAAAUUCUGAAUGUUUAGCUGUGACUAAUGACAUAAAAUCGGAAGAUUUUAUAAAAACAGAACCUGAAGAUGUCGCUCCGAUUAUGAAGACAGACGUGCACGAUGACUUUAAAAGUAGCGAAAAUGAAUCUGCCACUCGAAAUGUGAAGCUAGAAGAUUUUAUAAAAAUGGAACCCGACGAUGACGUCUGACGUUUGUGGAUAAAGAUACGCAUUUUUAGAUGAAGAAAAUAUUCGUAACACUAAAAAUUUUGAAAAGUUUAA